CAUGACGUCAGCAUGACAACAAACUAGUUAGCUCUUAGCGCUGUGCCAUAGCUAACAGCUCAAUGGGAAAAGCAAAUCAAUUAAGACUUGAAAUUGGAAGAUACUGGCACAUCAAUCGUCUGUAUAUGAAAUUAUUUUGAAAAUGUGAGGUUGAAGAUGGUUAUUUUGUGUGUAGCUCAAUACUAAUCAGUAGCUAGCUAGUUUUAAUAACCGACAUUUGAGCUUGGCUAGCCGUUAGUUAGCACUUGACUUGAUCAUCAUGACUCUUGAGUUCCAUUACAUUAGACAUACUGUAGCUAAAUCAUUGGAUGAAGGCGUAUUCUGUAGAGGGAGUUUUGUUAAGAGCCGUGACGCUCGGUCUGAACAUUAACAAGCAUCGCUUGUGAUACGUUUUUGGAAGCGUAAGGACCUUAUCUUUCAUAUCAGUGAUCAAUCAUUUUCAAAAAACAAAAGGUUAAAUUGAUACACAGCUUUAUAGGGCUAAUGUUCCCACACCACCAUAUUUCCAUUUCACAUCGCUUGUUUACGGAAAACAGGUCGGAAGACAGAGUGGACUACCUGUGCUAAUUAGCUAUCUGCGCCCCCCGAAAACGCCUGCUGUGUGCAAACGGAAGACAGACGCCACGAACGUGUUGUCACUGAAAAAUACGGUUGUGUGUUAAAACCAGUGUACAGUAAGUGUGUAUUUUUUCUGCAUUAGUGAAAUUAUUUUGAUGUGAUAUGAAAGUAGAAUGAUUUAUUUCAAGAACCGUAACGUUACCGCAAUUGAGAAUCGAUUCACGUUUAGAUUGAAUAUUUCGCCCUUUAAACAGAACAUGUAGCUAAGGUCCUUGGACAAAGGAGUAACGCUAGGCUCCUUUUAGUCCACUUGGGCUAGCGUUAGCAUCGUUGCUUAGCCGUGGGGAUGUUGUGGGGUUUGUAUGGAUUUGGACGUUGCAAUGAUGCAGACAUUUGACUCAGUACACCAUAUCAGCAAACCCAUGGGGAAAGUCCACUGUCUUUGCCAACGCAGCUAGCUAGCUAACUUACCUUGUUUUUUGCAGGGACUGAGGGAGGGAGCAACGUCAGCCAUUAGCUAGUUAGCGUAGCUUUGACAUUUGGGUGUAUAGCAGCAUUUUGACAAAUACAGUCCUAUCAGUGUGGUCAUGGCCAGGUGGUGUGCGCGAUGGUGACUGGCUUAAAUGCGUCUCAACCAUUGACUUCAGCAUGUUACAGUUGCACAACCAUAUGAUGAUGCAUAGCUACUAUGGGCCUCCUGUAGCUCAGUUGGUAGAGCAUGGCGCUUGCAACACCAGGGUUGUGGGUUCGAUUCCCACGGGGGGCCAGUAUGAAAAAUGUAUGCACUCACUAACUGUAAGUCGCUCUGGAUAAGAGCGUCUGCUAAAUGACUAAAAUGUAAAUGUAAUGCAUAACUAGCUAGCCAGUGAAAUGUCAGGGCUCAAUGUAUGCGUUGCAACAGCGACUGCACCACAAGCAGCAGCAACGCAUUGACUGUUGCUGAUGCUGCCUAUCUUUCUUUUCUAGUUGCUGAGAAGACAAAAAACAGGUACAUUCUUUCACCUGAAAGCUAGCCAGCCGGAGAGACGGGGAACAGGAUAGGGAAACAGCGCGCAGCGGGCGCCGAGGAGCCACCAGAGAAGAUGGCUGGCAGCCCAGAGAAGAGUUCCACAGCACAGGAGCUGAAGGAGCAGGGCAACCGGCUGUUCCUCUGCCGCAAGUACCAGGAAGCUGCCACCUGCUACAGCAAAGCCAUAGUGAGUAGCGAGCUGCUGCUCUUAAUGGGAGUGAUGAUGUAAAAUGGCUACACCAUUUCAGAUGGCUUUGAACGGCUAUAUGACUUGAGAUCUUGACACUGUCUUAUUAACCUACUGUGAAUAGACUGAUGUCCGAAUAGAAGUAGCUUGGCCUAAUGCACCCUUCCAACAGUAGCUUGUACAAUAUGUAGGCCUAACAUGUGCGUGGUUGCGCCUGUGUGUUUAUAUAUCCUGCCAACAGAACCGGAACCCGUCAGUGGCGGUGUACUACACCAACCGGGCUCUGUGCCACGUGAAGCUGCAGCAGCACGACAAAGCCCUGGCGGACUGCAAGCACGCGCUGGAACUGGACCCCCAGUCGGUCAAGGCCCACUUCUUCCUGGGCCAGUGUCACCUGGAGCUGGAGAACUACGACGAGGCCAUCGGCAACCUGCAGAGAGGUCAGGACCAACCCUCUGGGCCAGUUUCGUAGACACAGAUUAAGUUUGGGCCUGUAUUCACUAAGGGUCCGAUUUAGGAAAUGACGCCUUUCUUAGGCAGGCCUUUCCUAUGCACUUCUCAGUAGUUGGUAUUCAGACUAACCUUAAGUUGCGUAACGGCUUUGCAGGCGUGGUUCGCUUGCGCGCGCCAUAUAAGUGUAAUUGAACCGCUGAAAACCUUCCCACUGGCAGGCCAACAGAUUUUCUCAUGGAGUUUUCAUUCAAUAGGGUUUUCAGUACAUUUGUCUUAAGUCAUCCCUUUAAAUACAGUGUACCUUUUAAGUUUGUAUUUUUGUCGACAGACUCAAUAGAAUAUAUAGAGAGAACGGUUCAGAAUAUUAGGGAUCAAUUAAAGAAAGCCAUCUAAAUAUAUACAUAUUCGUCUCUGUUUCAGCACCAAUUGGUAGAUUUUAAAAUACUCUGAUCUUGUAGAUUUUUUUAGGGUCAGGAAAGUAUUUAUGGAGAGCCUUUAUGCACAAAAGAAAGAACUGUAAUUUGAUUCAUUCUGAAAAUUGCCACAUUCAGUUCUUUAACCUGUGGUAAUGUUGGAAGAGUCGUGUACAUAGAUCAUUAUAAUAGAGAGAAUAGUGUACAAUAGCUAGACCCUCGUCUAUUGCCUGCACUAACCAUGGAACUAGGUGAUGACACAGCCAAGUAUUGCGCCAUGCGUCGGGUUCAAACUGCUAUGUCUUGGUCUGUGCUCCGCUCCAUAACGAUUUAAUUAGCAUUUAAAAAAUAUACAGUUGAAGUUUACAUACACCUUAGCCAAAUACAUUUAAACUCAGUUUUUCACAAUUCCUGACAUUUAAUCCUAGUAAAAAAUUCCCUGUCUUAGGUCAGUUAGAAUAACCACUUUAUUUUAAGAAUGUGAAAUGUCAGAAUAAUAGUAGAGAGAAUUAUUUAUUUCAGCUUUUAUUUAUUUCAUCACAUUCCCAGUGGGUCAGAAGUUUACAUACACUCAAUUAGUAUUUUUUUAGCAUUGCCUUUAAAUUGUUUAACUUGGGUCAAACGUUUCGGGUAGCCUUCCACAAGCUUCCCACAAUAAGUUGGGUGAAUUUUGUCCCAUUCCUCCUGACAGAGCUCGUGUAACUGAGUCAGGUUUGUAGGCCUCCUUGCUCGCACACACCUUUUCAGUUCUGCCCACAAAUGUUCUAUAGGAUUGAGGUCAGGGCUUUGUGAUGGCCACUACAAUACCUUGACUUUGUUGUCCUUAAGGCAUUUUGCCACAACUUUGGAAGUAUGCUUGAGGUCAUUGUCCAUUUGGAAGACCCAUUUGCGACCAAGCUUUAACUUCCUCACUGAUGUCUUGAGAUGUUGCUUCAAUAUAUCCACAUAAUUUUCCUUCCUCAUGAUGCCAUCUAUUUUGUGAAGUGCACUAGUACCUCCUGCAGCAAAGCACCCCCACAGCAUGAUGCUGCCACGCCCGUGCUUCACGGUUGGGAUGGUGUUCUUCAGCUUGCAAGCCUACCCCUUUUUCCUCCAAACAUAACGAUGGUCAUUAUGGCCAAACAGUUCUAUUUUUGUUUCAUCAGACCAGAGGACAUUUCUCCAAAAAGUACGAUCUUUGUCCCCAUGUGCAGUUGCAAACCAUAGUCUGGCUUUUUUAUGGCGGUUUUGGAGCAGUGGCUUCUUCCUUGCUGAGCGGCCUGUCAGGUUAUGUCGAUAUAGGACUCGUUUUACUGUGGAUAUAGAUACUUUUGUACCUGUUUCCUCCAGCAUCUUCACAGGGUCCUUUGCUGUUGUUCUGGGAUUGAUUUGCACUUUUCGCACCAAAGUACAUUAAUCUCUAGCGGUAUAACGGCUGCGUGGUCCCAUGGUGUUUAUACUUGUGUACUAUUGUUUGUACAGAUGAACGUGGUACCUUCAGGCAUUUGGAAAUUGCUCCCAAGGAUGAACCAGACUUGUGGAGGUCUACAAUUGUUUUCUGAGGUCUUGGCUGAUUUCUUUUGAUUUUCCCAUGUCAAGCAAAUUGGCACUGAGUUUGAAGGUAGGCCUUGAAAUACAUCCACAGGUACACCUCCAAUUGACUCAAACAAUGUCAAAUAGCCUAUCAGAAGCUUCUAAAGCCAUGACAUCAUUUUCUGGAAUUUUCUAAGCUGUUUAAAGGCACAGUCAACUUAGUGUAUGUAAACUUCUGACCCACUGGAAUUGUGAUACAGUGAAAUAAUCUGUCUGUAAACAAUUGUUGGAAAAAUUACUUGUCAUGCACAAAGUAGAUGUCCUAACCAACUUGCCAAAACUACAGUUUGUUAACAAGAAAUGUGUGGAGUGGUUGAAAAAUGAGUUUUAAUGACUCCAACCUAAGUGUAUGUAAGCUACCGAUUUCAACUGUAUAUAUUGUCAACUGGUACUAAUGAACCUUAGCAACAACCACAUGGCCGUGACGGCGUUUACAGAGGAAGCAAAUGAAAGUAAACGAAACAAUGUAAUUAAAUGGAAUGAUAAUGUAGGUUUACCAACUGAAGGGAACUAAUAGUAAAUUGGCAGUUGAAUAUGUGUUAUUAUUAAGCCAACUGACGGUCGAUACUCAUAGUGGUUAAUAUUUAACAUGACAGAAAUAGGAGAUAGAGAAAGUCGGAGUAGCCUAUAAUUAAGACAUUCAAGAGUUCCCAUCCCUGCAAGUUAAAAGGCUGUACAAUUGAAAUUAUGCAUGAUGGCACAAACUUUACUGUAGGAAAGUUGAUAUGCUUUAGUUUUCUGCCAAAUGACUUGCUUCACUUUUGUCUCCAGCAAUUAUAAGGUCAAAUAUUUCUAAAACUAAUGUCAUUUAUAUUUACAAGUUCCUCAUCCAAAAAGUUUACUAAGUUACAUAACUCUUAUUAAUAGCUUUUAUCAAGCUAUAAAUUACAGUGCAUGGACAAUGGUGUUAUUUCAAUCGGGAAAAAUAAAGUAAUGCUUUUUCCACUUGGAGCCGGUAUGUUCGCUAAACCUUAUUCAUGGUUUCCUCGUGCGUAAAGGUGGUGGAAUUAUUAUAGAAUUAAGGCAAGGUCCGAAUACGGCAAAUCGUUAGACACCUCCGCCACACAGUCAUUUAUUCGAUCUCCACCCAAAAUGAAUAGUAGGUGAAUAGCACGCUGUUCUCAUGCUUAAAUUCGUCAGAAUAUACAUGGAGAGAAAAGAAAAGGAAUUACGUUCCAAUUACGUGCGCUUAACUCUGGUCGGAAUCGUGCCCAAAGUGUCCCAGUGUAUAAUGAAUACAUUUAUAUGGACAGUUUUUGUAUGCCUUCCUCAGUAUUCAGGUAAACACUUAAUGCCCCCCACAAUGUACAGUGCAUUCGGAAAGUAUUCAGACCACAUCACCUUUUCCACAUUUUGUUACAUUACAGCCUUAUUCUAAAAUGGAUUUUAAAAAAAAACAUUUUUUCCUCAUCAAUCAACACAAUACCCCAUAAUGACAAAACAAAAACUGAAUUUUAGAUUUUUUUUGCAAACGUACAAAAAUAAAUAACUGCUGUCACAUUUACGUAAGUAUUCAGACCCUUUACUCAAUACUUUGUUGAAGCACCUUUGGCAGCGAUUACAGCCUUGAGUCUUCUUGGGUAUGACGCUACAAGCUUGGCACCCCUGCAUUCUUCUCUGCAGAUCCUGUCAAGCUCUGUCAGGUUGGAUGGGGAGUGUCGCUGUUUUCAGGUCUCUCCAGAGAUGUUAGAUCGGGUUCAAGUCCGGGCUCUGGCUGGGCCACUCAAGGACAUUCAGAGACUUGUCCCGAAGCCACUCCUGAAUUGUCUUGGCUGUGUGCUUAGGGUCGUUGUCCUGUUGGAAGGUGAACCUUCGCCCCAGUCUGAGGUCCUGAGUGCUCUGGAUCAGGUUUUCAUCAAGGAUCUCUCUGUACUUUGCUCUGUUCAUCUUUCCCUCGAUCCUGACUAGUCUCACAGUCCCUGCUGCUGAUAAACAUCUCCACAGCAUGAUGUUGCCAUCACCAUGCUUCCAAAGAGUUCAAUGUUGGUUUCAUCAGACCAGAGUAUCUUGUUUCUCAUGGUCUGAGAGUCUUUAGGUGCCUUUUGGCAAACUCCAAGCGGGCUGUCAUGUGCCUUUUACUGAUUAGUGGCUUCCGUCUGGUCACUACCAUAAAGGCCUGAUUGGUGGAGUGCUGCAGAGAUGGUUGUCCUUCUGGAAUGUUCUCCCAUCUCCACAGAGGAACUCCAGAGCUCUGUCAGAGUGACCAUCGGGUUGUUGGUUACCUCCCUGACCAAGGCCAUUCUCCCCCGAUUGCUCAGUUUGGCAUGGCGGCCAGCUCUAGGAAGAGUCUUGGUGGUUCCAAACUUGUUCCAUUUAAGAAUGAUGGAGGCCACUGUUCUUGGGGACCUUCAAUGCUGCAUAAAUGUUUUGGUACCCUUCCCCAGAUCUGUGCCUCGACACAAUCCUGUCUCGGCGCUCUAGAGACAAGUCCUUCGACUUCAUGACUUGGUUUUUGCUCUGACAUGCACUGUGGGACCUUAUAUAGACAGGUGUGUGCCUUUCUAAAUCAUGUCCAAUCAAUUGAAUUUACCAUAGGUGGACUCCAAUCAAGUUGUAGAAACAUCUCAAGGAUGAUCAAUAGAAACAGGAUGCAACUGAGCUCAAUUUCAAGUCUCAUAUCAAAGGGUCUGAGUGCUUAUGUAAAUAAUGUAUUUCUGUUUUAGUUUUUUAUAAUACAUUAGCAAACAUUUCUAAAAGCCUGUUUUUGCAUUUUCAUUAUGGGGUCUUGUGUGUAGAUUGAGAAAAAAAAAUGAAUUAAUACAUUUUAGAAUAAGGUUGUAACGUAUCAAAAUGUGUACUAAGUGAAGGGGUCUGAAUACUUACCGAAUGCACUGAAGAUUUGCAGUAGUGGGUUGAGUGCAAUUUAGAAUGCUAUCUGCCACAUUCGAACUAUACCCAGUACUAGGCAACUCUGUGAGGAUAUGGUACUAAACUGCAAUUGUUUUGAAUGAUGUAGUGUAACUACAAUGUUCUCUUGUAUAAUGUUUAAGAUCUGUAGAUAGAAAAGAGGCAGCAUUACUGUUUUAUGCUCUUACUUUCAAUGGACAACAUUGAUGUCUGGACCCGUUCUGUCGGCAGCUUACAACCUGGCCAAGGAGCAGAGGCUGAACUUUGGAGACGACAUCCCAAGUGCCCUGCGGGUCGCCAAGAAGAAGCGCUGGAAUGGCAUUGAGGAGAAGCGCAUCAACCAGGAGAACGAGCUGCACGCCUAUCUCACCAAACUUAUCCUGGCAGAGAAGGAGAGGUGAGGGAGGGACCGGGAGCUAGGCUUUUGGGUUGAUACUUUUGUAUGAGCAAAACGUCUGCACUGAUAUUCCUAUUCCUUUAGAGAAGCAUUCGAGUUCAUUGCAUAAGAGUUCAUUGCAUACGAGUUCAUUGCCAGAACCCCCUUGUAUGAAAUUAAAUGAGUUGCUACACAUUAAUAAUCAUGUGUGAUAAUUAGGGCUGUCCCCGACAAAAAAAAAAAGUAUGUCCUUUCGACCAAUCGAUGCUCGAAAUUUAAAAACGUGUAUUUUUCCAUAUAUAGACACACUAUGUGUUUUAAUAAAAUCAACUAUAUGCAUUGAGCUUGUCUGACGCUUAAAGCACACUUUGAUGAAAUAAGACACAUGACUCAGAUCAAGAUAGCCAGAAAACCUGUAUCCGACCAUCCUCCUCCCACUCCCUUUCACACCAAGUGGUUAUCAAAAGGCAGAGAGCUGGAAAGAUUUUUCAAAUACAUUGCGGAACUAUUCUCAGACUUUGUUGACUUACUGUUAGAGGUGAAGAAACAUUACUUUGAGAAGCUCCACAGCUCAGUGGUGUUAAGACAAUCAGAAAUACUAUCAGAUCCCCAAAUGGGCACAUUCAUAGCCUAGGCCUACUUCUAUGCGUAAUCAGGUUCCCGUCCUUACUCAUCAUUGACAGGAGCGCUCCAAACAAAAGACAAUGAAUAAAUUGACAAAACUCGUAAAGGGAAUGAAAUAAACCAACACUUGUUUCUCACAGGUGUAGCAUAGGUUGUGCGCUCUGCAAACAAUGUGUCCACUCCGACAAUGAGAACGGUAUAAGACUGCAAUAAUAAUAUAUUGAAUGCAUUCCCGGAAAUUACCGUAAUCAAACAAACAUUUUAGAUGAGAAAUUAUGGGAAUUAACAGUAAAUGUACUACUGGUGAUAUGUCAUGGGGAAUUGAUAGACACUAACAAUCCAAGGGCAAACAAUUCACACAAUGAAGUUAUGAAACAAUGAACGUGCAUGAAUUGGCGGGAGAGAAUGCAUUCUGGAGAGAGAUGUGCAUCUUAGCCACACUCCCCUUCUUCUUGUAUUGUGCCAUCCCCGCUGCCUCCGCAAUGGAUUAGUCCACUGAGACAGUCACGAAUCAGGCUGGUGUCUCGUGUGCCAUUAAAAAAAUAUAUAUAUUUGCUACUGCUCGCCUAAAAAAAUACUGUUGAUUGUCCAAGUCGACUAAAUGGGGUCAGCCCUAGUGAGAAUACAACUGUUGAGAUGUUGAUGCAAAUCUUGGGAAUGAGUCUGGUUCUAGGAAUGAAUCUGGUUAAUGCAUUACAAUCUGCCGUUGCAUUUUCUCUUUUGUUCAAUAGGGCUGGAACGGUAAUUGUAUAAAACUGUGUAACCGACGAUUAUUGAUGAAGACCAUUAAUAAAAUAACCGUUCUGACGUUCAUUUUAUUGUAUUUUUAAGUAAAUAUAUGAUAACAGUAGUGUAAAUGAAUGAUUAUUAUAAACAAUGUUGUUGUAACAUGAUCUAUCUGUACUACCUUAUGCAUAGUGCUCUGGCUAUACGUUUUGUCCGGUUUGUAAAGAUGAAAAAACUAUGCUAAAAGCCACCAUCUCUGCUGAAAUUAACUACCAAAUGUCAUUCUUGUUGAGUGUGGACAUUUAUACAGUGGGGAGAACAAGUAUUUGAUACACUGCCGAUUUUUGCAGGUUUUCCUACUUACAAAGCAUGUAGAGGUCUGUAAUUUUUAUGAUAGGUACACUUCAACUGUGAGAGACGGAAUCUAAAACAAAAGUCCAAAAAAUCACAUUGUAUGAUUUUUAAGUAAUUAAUUUGCAUUUUAUUGCAUGACAUAAGUAUUUGAUACAUCAGAAAAGCAGAACUUAAUAUUUGGUACAGAAACCUUUGUUUGCAAUUACAGAGAUCAUACGUUUCCUGUAGGUCUUGACCAGGUUUGCACACACUGCAGCAGGGAUCCUUCAGGUUUCGGGGCUGUCGCUGGGCAAUACGGACUUUCAGCUCCCUCCAAAGAUUUUCUAUUGGGUUCAGGUCUGGAGACUGGCUAGGCCACUCCAGGACCUUGAGAUGCUUCUUACGGAGCCACUCCUUAGUUGCCCUGGCUGUGUGUUUCGGGUUGUUGUCAUGCUGGAAGACCCAGCCACGACCCAUCUUCAAUGCUGUUACUGAGGGAUGGAGGUUGUUGGCCAAGAUCUCGCGAUACAUGGCCCCAUCCAUCCUCCCCUCAAUACGGUGCAGUCGUCCUGUCCCCUUUGCAGAAAAGCAUCCCCAAAGAAUUAUGUUUCCACCUCCAUGCUUCACGGUUGGAUGGUGUUAUUGGGGUUGUAUCAUCCUUCUUCUUCCUCCAAACACGGCGAGUGGAGUUUAGACCAAAAAGCUCUAUUUUUGUCUCAUCAGACCACAUUACUCCCAUUCCUCCUCUGGAUCAUCCAGAUGGUCAUUGGCAAACUUCAGACGGCCCUGGACAUGCGCUGGCUUGAGCAGGGGGACCUUGCGUGCGCUGCAGGAUUUUAAUCCAUGACGGCGUAGUGUGUUACUAAUGCUUUUCUUUGAGACUGUGGUCCCAGCUCUCUUCAGGUCAUUGACCAGGUCCUGCCGUGUAGUGCUGGGCUGAUCCCUCACCUUCCUCAUGAUCAUUGAUGCCCCACGAGGUGAGAUCUUGCAUGGAGCCCCAGACCGAGGGUGAUUGACCGUCAUCUUGAACUUCUUCCAUUUUCUAAUAAAUGGUUGUUGCCUUCUCACCAAGCUGCUUGCCUAUUGUCCUGUAGCCCAUCCCAGCCUUGUGCAGGUCUACAAUUUUAUCCUUGAUGUCCUUACACAGCUCUAUGGUCUUGGCCAUUGUGGAGAGGUUGGAGUCUGUUUGUUUGAGUGUGUGGACAGGUGUCUUUUAUACACGUAACGAGUUCAAAAUUACAGACCUCUACAUGCUUUGUAAGUAGGAAAACCUGCAAAAUCGGCAGUGUAUCAAAUACUUGUUCUCCCCACUGUAAGUGAAUGUGAGUCUGAGACAAAGUGAUGAAAACCAAAGUUGAAAUCCAUGCUAGGCUAGUAAAUAUAAUAUAUUGUAUGUGUGCAACAGCUGCACACUGCAACUGCAUGACCACUGUGUGAUAGACUUGUUUACUGCGGUUUGGUGCCAAAGAUGGUACAGUGUGAAGAUAGGCUAAACCUGCUUCUCCAAUAGAAAUCCCUGAUCACACUUGUAUGCAAUGGAUAGCUAAGCUUAUGCGUAGACACGAUGACGUGUUUCUAAUGGUAGUCUUGCACCGAACUGCGCAUGUUCAGGCCGUCAAAUCAAAGGCACUCCUUCGAUGUGAAGUUGUUUUUGACUAAAAUUAAAUCAUGUCAGUUUGUCACUUUCACGAGGUUGGACUAAUAACAUGUUCAACUAUUUUAGACAUUGGCUUGAGUCUAGGCUGCGCCUUUUUAGAUUUCGAGAAAAUUAACAUCUAAGGAAACAUGUUAACUUCUCGCAUUGAAUUUUCAAACCCCGGCCUGGUCUGUUUCGCAAGCCUUCCCGCAAGUCUCGCGAUGUUGCGCCACUGGCUUUAGAAACUCUGUGGUGCUUCCUUGCAGCUAAUAACUGUAUAUAUGCAUGGACAGUCCAUUGAUCACAGAUCAAAUUUGAUUUGUCAAAUGCGCCGACUACAACAAGCCCGUAACCAACAAUGCAGUUUUAAGAAAAAUAAGAGUUAAGAACAUAUUUACUAAAUAAACUGAAGUUAAAAAAGUAACACAAUAAAAUAUCAAUAACGUGGCUAUGUACAGGGGGUACCGGUACCGAGUCAAUGUGCGGGGGUACAGGUUAGUCGAGGUAAUAUGUACAUGUAGGUAGGGGUAAAGUGACUAUGCAUAGAUAAUAAACAUUGAGUAGCAGCGGGCGGGGGGGUCAAUGCAAAUAGUCCGGGUAGCCAUUUGAUUAAUUGUUCAGCAAUCUUAUGGCUUGUGGGUAGAAGCUGUUAAGGAGCCUUUUGGACCUAGACUUGGCACUCUGGUAACGCUUGCCGUGCGGUAGCAGAGAGAACAGUCUGACUAGGGUGGCUGGAAUCUUUGACAAUUUUAAGGGCCUUCCUCUGACACCGCCUGUGAUGUACUGGGCCGUAGACACUACCCUCUGUAGCGCCUUGCGGUCGAAGGCCGAGGCGGUGAUGCAACCUGUCAGGAUGCUCUCGAUGGUGACACCAUUCAUUCCUAUGUGAAGACUCAAUAGCGCAUUGAAGCCAAGUGAAGUUGGUUCAGAUUGCAUCUCAUGGAGACAUAACAUUUGCAGUUUGAGCUACUCCAGGAAGUGACUUUGCAGGCUAGCCCAAUGCUGCCCCCUCUCAUUGAGAAUCUCAAAUUGAAGGCAGACCAUGGUACUGCACCUAAAUAAUCUUUAAUUCUUCUUUGUGCGAUUUUAAAAUAAUUGGUUGAAGGACAUACCUUUGUUGUAUUAAGAGCAAUUAUUUGUACCAUGAUUGUCUUAUAAACAUUUGUAUGUAUUUUUUGCAUGAAGAUUGAUAUUUUUCCAUUCACUAUAAUGGGGAUUCUGAUUUCUGCUAACAAUGCCUGCAGUACCGCGGUCGGCCUUGAGCUUCCGUGGCUUCAAUGAGAGGGGGUAGUCGUCCCCCCCUGAGCGCAGCAGACAGGGUUGAGACGAGAAGUGUGCCUUUAAUUUUUCUGUUUAUAACGGUGACCAUGGACAUUUGCCUGACAAAUAACCGUAACCCAAAAUUCCAUGAUUGUCACAGCCCUAUUGUUGAAUGUACAUCUUCAUAUUUUCUCAGGGAAGUGGAGGAUUGCCGGGAAAACAAAGAGGAGGACAAUCAGAGUGGAGGUGAUGUCGUCAAGAUCAAAUCAAAACAUGUGGGUUAUGUCUAUAUUCUCCUAUGUCUAUAUUCAGGGACCACUCGCCUUAAGUAUUUGAGCACUGGCGUUGUGUAACUGAAUUGCCAUCAUAUAGCCUAUUUCUCAAUAUCCCAUUGAUAUUGAGGGGUAUUUGUAUUAAUGCUCUGUGAUAGCCUCACCAACUCUCUGCUCUUUUCCUAAAUAGGACAAGUUCCUUAUGGACAUGGAUGAGCUCUUUUCACAAGUGGACGAGAAGAGAAAAGUGAGUGAUGAUACAUUUUAUUUAGCUGAACACACCAUUUACUGCUAUAGAGCUCGCCAGCUUGUAGUCCUAAAAAAUGGAAAUGGGUUACCUCUGGUGUGCUAAUUCCAGCGCGGUGGAAGUGUCAACCCACUGUUCACCUGUCUUAGAGUACCUGAUGGUCAAAUGCCGACCCUUCUACCUCCUGAGGGAGUUUUCAGCUGUUAUCGUGACUGAUGUAUUCAUUCCACCUCAGGACAAUAAAAAUAACAAGCUGGCGCUUAACAAACUGUACAAGACUAUAAACAAGCAGGAAAACCUACACCCAGAAACUGCCUUUCUGGUUGCAGACAAUUUUAAUUUGUAGUCACUAAGACACGUAAUGCCCAACUUCCAUCAACACGUCUCCAACGCCACUAGGGGCAAUAAAGUCCUAGACCACUGCUAUUCUACCCACAAGCAAGCGUACAAGGCCUUCCAUUGCCAUGCGGCAAAUAUGAUCAUGAAUCCGCAGAAGCUGAAACAGGAAGUACCUGUGAUUCGCUCCAUUGAGAAAUGGUCGCCAGAAUCAGAGGUUAUGCUACAGGACUGCUUUGCUAGUGCUAAUUGUAAUAUGUUUAGAGAAUCCACCAAUAACAUUGACGAGCUAACCACCUGUAUGCAUCGGCGACGUUGUACCCACGGUGAGGUUUCGCCAAUCAAAAGCCCUGGAUUAACGCAGAGGUUGGCGCUAAACUAAAGAACAGGGCUACCGAAAACAGAGCUAUCGUGGCCCACCAUGAUGCUACGGCUGAAGACAGGAAUAAGUACAAGAAGACCUCUGCAGAGUCAUCAAAUGAGCAAAAGGACAAUCUAGGAAUAAGGUGGAAUCAUAUUACACAAGCUCCGACGCCUGCCGCAUGUGGAAGGGGCUAUAGUCAUUACGGAUUACAAAGGAAGACCCAACCGUGAUCUGCCCAACGAUGCCUCUCUAGCAGACAAACUCAAUGCAUUUUAUGCACGCUUUGACAACAACAUCGAGCCAUGUGUGAGGGCCGUCACCGACCCAGAGGAUUGAGUGAUAUCUCGCACUUCGAGGCCAACGCUGACCCGUAACACAGGGGCCCCACAGGGGUGUGUACUUAGUCCCCUCCUGUACGCCCUGUUCACCUAUGACUGUGUGGCCACGCUCAACUCCAACACCAAGUUCACUGACGACACGACGGUGGUAAGCCUGAUCACCGGCGAUGAUGAGUCCGCCUACAGGAAGGAGGUCAGUGACCUGGCAGUGUGGUGCUGGAGCAACAACCUCUCCCUCAACGUCAGCAAGACCAAGGAGCUGAUUGUGGACUACAGGAAAGGGUGGGGGGGGGCUAGCACACCCCCAUCCACAUCGACAGGGCGGCAGUGGAGCAGGUAGACAGCUUCAAGUUCCUCGGUGUCCAAAUUACUAAAGACUUAAAAUGGUCCAAACACACAGUCGUGAAGAAGGCGCGACAAUGCCUCUUCGCCCUCAAGAGGUUGAAUAAGUUUGGCAUUGGCCCUCAAAUCCUCAAAAGCUGUACCCUUAAGAGCAUAUUGAUUGGCUGCAUCACCGCUUGGUAUGGCAAUAGCACCGCCCUCCAUCGCAUGGCACUACAGAGGGUUGUGCAGACAGCCCAGUACAUCACUGGGGCCGAGCUCCCUGCCAUCCAGGACCUCUAUAUCAGGCGGUGUGAAAAGAAGGCCCAGAAUAUCGUCAAAGACUCCAACCACCCAGGCCAUAGACUAUUUUCUCUGUUGCUGCACGGCAAGAUGUACCAGUGCAUCAAGUCUGACACCAACAGGCUCUUGAACAGCUUCUAUCCCCAAGCAAUACGACUGAUAAAUAGCUAACAAAAUAGCUACAAGGACUAUCUGAAUUAACCUUGUAUCUUUAUUUACCUUUUAUUUCAAACUCUCUAUGCACACUUACAGGGCCCUACACACUCACACACCUUUACUCCAACACACACACACACACACGCACACACAAACACUCACUCCAACAUUUUCUCACUCACACAUAAUAUGCACAUAUACAUUUAUACUGACUCUGCACACCCACUCACAUACAAGCUGCUGCUACUCUGUUUAUAUCCUGUUGCCUAGUCCCCUUACCCCUAUUAAUACACUACAUGGCCAAAUGUAGGUUGACACCCCUUCAAAUUAGUGGAUUAGGCUAUUUCAGGCAAACCCGUUGCUGACAGGUGUAUAAAAUCGAGCACACAGCCAUGCAAUCUCCAUAGACAAACAUUGGCAGUAGAAUGGCCCGUACCGAAGAGCUCAGUGACUUUCAAUGUGGCAGUUCGUCAAAUUUCUGCCCUGCUAGAGAUGCCCCGGUCAACUGUAAGUGCUGUUAUUGUGAAGUGGAAACGUCGAGGAGCAACAACGGCUCAGCCGCAAAGUGGUAGGCCACACAAGCUCACAGAAUGGGAACGGCGAAUGCUGAAGCGCGUAGCGCUUAAAAAUACGUUCCUCGGUUGCAACACUCACUACCGAGUUCCAAACUGUCUCUGGAAGCAAUGUCAGCACAAGAACUGUUCGUUGGGAGCUUCAUGAAGUUGGUUUCCAUUGCCGAGCAGCCGCGCAUAAGCCUAAGAUCACCAUGCGCAAUGCCAAGUUUUGGCUGGAGUGGUGUAAAGCUCGCCGCCAUUGGACUCUGGAGCAGUGGAAACGCGUUCUCUGGAGUGAUGAAUCACGCUUCACCAUCUGGCAGUCUGACAGACAAAUCUGAGUUUGGCGGAUGCCAGGAGAAUGCUGCCUGCCCCAAUGCAUAGUGCCAACUGUAACGUUUGGUGGAGGAGGAAUAAUGGUCUGGGGCUGUUUUUCAUUGGUCGGGCUAGGCCCCUUAGUUCCAGUGAAGGGAAAUCUUAACGCUACAGCAUACAAUGACAUUCUAGACGAUUAUUUGCUUCUGACUUUGUGGCAACAGUUUGGGGAAGGCCCUUUCCUGUUUCAGCAUGACAAUGCCCCCGUGCACAAAGCGAGGUCCAUACAGAAAUGGUUUGUCGAUCGGUGUGAAUAACUUGAUUGGCCUGCACAGAGCCCUGACCUCAACCCCAUCGAACACCUUUGGGAUUAAUUGGAAUGCUGACUGCGAGCCAGGCCUAAUCGCCCAACAUCAGUGCCCGACCUCACUAAUGGUCUUGUGGCUGAAUGGAAGCAAGACCCUCGCAGCAAUGUUCCGACAUCUAGUGGAAAGCCUUCCCAGACGAGUGGAGGGGGACCUACUCCAUAUUAAUGGCCAUGAUUUUGGAAUGAGAUGUUCGACGGGCAGGUGUCCUCAUACCUUUUGCCAUGUAGUGUAUCUACCUCCAUCACUUCAGAGUCCCUGCACAUGUAAAUAUGGUAUUGGAACUGACUUUUUAAAUAUUUCCUGUAUAUAGUAUGCUUGCUUACCUACUUUGUGUAUUUCAUAUUUCCUAUUCUUAUUUCUCGUGUGUGUUUCUAGUAAUACGUUGUUAUUGAUUAUUGUAUUGUUGGGUUUUGAGUUUGCAAGAAAGGCAUUUCACUGUGCAUGUGACAUUAACUUGGUUCGUUCGGCCAUUCCUAUGGGGGAAUUAAUGGGGAAAGAAUGUGGUUUUGGGAUAAACGUCAAAAAUAAGGUCAGAGGUUAACACAGGCUUAGAAGAUCUUAUCAGUCAGUGAACAUGAAUUAUGAACCCUUUAUGUGCUUGUUUUGAUUACAUACAUACUUCGAAAUUCACAAAAAGUGACGCAAGCUGAAGAUUAUCUCAUAGAACAAAAUGUUUAAGAUCUCCUAUGCCUGUAUUUACCACAGACCUUAUUUUCAGCAUUUAUACAAAAACCCUACAAAAAAAAAACAUUAAUUUCCAGUAGGCUUUGGCCAACGAGCCAUGACGGAGUUAGUGCCUACAAAAAGACGCCAUUACUAUUGCACUUUAUUAUAAGCAACUUUCAAUCCAGACUAAUGGUCAUUUCACUGAAUGUUACAUAUUUUUCAAUAUUGUUAGAUAUAGCACAACACAGAGCUCUAUGCAUUACUGAAAUAACAAUACAUAUUCGAUCUUAUUCUUAAGAUGUAUUUAUAAAAUAUAUAAGACAUUAUUUUUUAUAUAUAAAAAAAUUAUUUUUGAGAAACGUAUACAAUCUGUCCACACUCUGUUUCUGUGAUCAGCUGGAUUUGACCCGCCACCUUACUUUGACAAUUAGAGGUGCCAGUGUUAUCGUUACCAAAAUAGACUAGCCCCUCCGUCUCCUAUUUCCAGUCCAAGCCGUUUCUAUGGCAACCACCACCUCAAGUUGCCUGUCAAGGCUUGUUAUGAAGGAUUAUUUGGGGCCUAUACAUUGUUUUAUUGUUGUUCCCACGGGGGGCCAGUAUGAAAAUGUAUUCACUCACUACCUGUAAGUCGCUCUGGAUAAGAGCGUCUGCUAAAUGACUAAAAUGUAAAUGUAAAAAUUUUGAUUUAGUGCAUGUAAUUGUCAUCGUCUUGCCUCUCAACAUUUGGUGUUUCAAACUGCUAUACUGGGUUUUGUUCAUUAGGGCACACCACAAAACGUUUUACAAUUGAAAACGAAAAUAAGUAAUUCUAAUUGGGCUGGGAAUUGCCAGGGACCUCGUGAUACGAUAUCACGAUACUUAAAUGCCGAUACAAUAUGAAUUGGGAUUCUCACCAUUCUAUAUGUAUUGGGUAAAUCCAUUUGAAUUGAUCAUUUUUGACAGCAACCCUUUUGAUUUGAAUGGAACCUUCCAUAAAAAACAUUAGGAACACCUUCCUAAUAUUGAGUUGCGCCCACUUUUGCCCUCAGAACAACCUCAAUUCUCAAUUACUGACACUUGUGGCUGCUUCGCAUGAUGUAUUGUCUCUACCUUCUUGCCCUUUGUACUGUUGACUGCCCAAUAAUGUUUGUACCAUGUUUUGUGCUGCUGCCAUGUCGUGUUGCUACCGUGUUGUUGGCAUGUUGUGUUGCUGGCAUGCUGUGUUGUCUUAGGUCUCUCUUUAUGUAGUGUUGUGGUGUCUCUCUUGUCGUGAUGUGUGUUGUCCUAAAAAAAAAAAAAUGUUUUAUCCCAGCCCCCGUCCCCACAGGAGGCCUUUUGGUAGGCCGUCAUUGUAAAUAAGAAUUUGUUCUUUACUGACUUGCCGAGUUACAUAAAGGUUAAAUAAAUACAUUUGUCGGGGCAUGGACUCUACAAGGUGUCGAAAGCGUUCCAAGCAUCCCACAGUUGUGUCAAGUUGGCUGGAUGUCCUUUGGGUGGUGGACCAUUCUUGAUACACACGGGAAACUGUUGAGCGUGACAAACCCAGCAGCGUUACUAUUCUUGACAAACUCAAACCGGCGUGCCUGGCACCUACUACCAUACCCCGUUCAAAGGCACUUAAAUCUUUUGUUUUGCACAUUCACCUUCUGAAUGGCACACAUACACAAUCCAUGUCUCAAUUGUCUCAAGGCUUAAAAAAUAUUCUUUAACCUGUCUCCUCCCUUUCAUCUACACUGAUUUGAAGUGAAUUUAACAGGUAACAUCAAUAAGGGAUCAUAGCUUUCACCUGGUCAGUUUAUUUAAUGGAAAGAACAGGUGUUCCUAAUGUUUUGUACACUCAUUGUAUUUGCCCAUUGUUCUCACAGUGACUUUUUGGAAUUGAAUGCCUCAAUAUUCAAGACAUGGUGAAAAGUUGACUCAACUUCAGAUGAUGUAAAAUAGGGUUUAAGCUACAACAUAUGCGAGGAUGGAAGAAAUCAGGAGUUUACACGUUUUUAGAUAAUUUACGUUAAAGGUUAUACAAAUAUUUGUUUAAAAUAAAUUAAUAAGUAGUUUUGUAAGAUUUUAAAUGAUGUCAAACUUAUAUUUUCCAGUAAUAAAGACAUGGAUGUCUCAUGGUAUGGUGGAGGAUGCAAAAUGGGGGAACUUUGAGCACCUAUAUUUUCUAAAUGUUUUGGCAUUUAGGUCCAAAAAGUCUAACUUUCUGAACACUUCUUCCAUGGACAAACAUGUAUGGAAAGUUUUUUGUUUAAAUCAAAAGGGAUUCAUAUGGAUUUACCCUAUUAUCAUUCGAUAUUGCAAUUUGAUGUUCCAAACAUAUUGCUCCCUAUAUGUCUGCUGCAGAGAGAUGAGAGCAUGAGAAAUUUAGUUUUGAUCAGUCGUGGAAAACAUGCUGAAAACAUGUUGGCUCACUAUUUAAAAAGAAGCUGGAGAACAAGGUAUAGGAUGAAAAAUACCAGCGUUUUGGUGCAGGUACAGACUACUAGUGCUAGCUAAUGCUAGCUAAUGCUACCUAGCAAAAAAAUAAGUGUAUUUUAAUUUUACAAAUCGAUACUUUGUUUCAAAGUAUCAAUAUAAUAUCGUCCAAACAUAAUAUUGCGAUAUCUAUCGAUUUUUUUCCCCCCCACAUCACUAGUUUCUUAUUGGACAAGUUCAGGUAGUCCGUCCCUGUUUCAGUCAGUUUUCUUCCGUUUGGUACCUAAUGAAUAUGAUAUAGAUGGUGUCUAGAGGGAAGUAUUUAGAUGUACAUACAUGUAUCAUCUUCAUGUAUGUAUAUUGUUCUGAACCCCACAGAAGCGGGAGAUCCCUGACUACCUAUGUGGAAAGAUCAGCUUUGAGUUGAUGAGGGAGCCCUGCAUCACCCCCAGUGGGAUCACCUACGACCGCAAAGAUAUUGAGGAGCACCUACAGGUACUGUAUACCAUCCUUUCAUGGUCAUACACAUAGACCUCUACUCAACAGAAGUAUAGGUAAACCGUCGACCAUUCAUAGACAUACUGUUCUAUCCUCUCACCUACAUUCUAUGUUCUAUUCAUCCACACUACCAACUACCAAUCACUUACUGCUAAAUGAUAAUCUAUUCAUAUACCUAUAAAUACACCUGCAGUUGCUAGACUACCAUCCAUUCAUCCACAGAGGUAAUACUGUCCAACGUAAACUGUAAAUCAUGAGUGAAAUACACAAUAUCAUAAUAAUGAAAGCUACCUUCUCACAGCAACACCAAUACCUCAAACAAUCAUAACAUUUUUCCUCCAUCCUCUGUAGCGAGUGGGCCAUUUUGACCCGGUCACCCGGAGUCCUCUGACCCAGGACCAGUUGAUCCCCAACCUGGCCAUGAAGGAGGUCAUCGACGCCUUUAUCCAGGAGAACGGUUGGGUGGAGGACUAUUGAACUCACAUAACCCCCCAUGGCUCAGAUACCCACACAGCCCAGAGCUGAGACCCACACCAGAAGUGUAAAAACAAAAAAAAAGAAGACGUGGCAGAAUUCAGAUUCCCUCCAGGACAUGCACUUUACACACAGGGGGGCCAUACUCUGGACUGCCAAAUGACAGCCAUAGCUCAAGGUUAUUCCUCUCUCCUUCCCAAUCAGUCUCUCUAAAUCUUUCUCUCUCUUCCCUUCCUCUGAUAGUCCUCUCUCUCCCUCAGAAUCGGGGGCCAUGUUUCUCAGGUCUCUCUCGCUCUCCCUGUCUCCAGCGCUCUCUGUCUCGCUCUUUCUCCCUGACUCUGUCUCUGUCUCUUCCUCUCUCUCUCUCUCUCUCUCUCUCUCCCUCUCUCUCUCUCUCAGUGCCACAAUCCUCACUGAACACUUCACUCUGCACUCAGAACCCUCUAAUGUAAAGCUUCCAGUCUCCUCUCAAAUAACAUCGAAACUAUCUAUCCAAACUAUGAAAAUAUUGGCCUUUUAUCUUGCUCUUUACUCCAGUAUUAUUUUGUUUACUUUGAUUUUUGAAAAAAUUAUGAGUUAGUAGUAUAGUUAGUUGUACCUACCGUAAUUACUUAUUUCCUACAAUUCAGUGUUGGUGGUCCUGGUCAAUGCCAAAGCGUUGGUUUAGUUUUCAAACAAUCUAGUGUGGAUUUUUUUAUGCAAGACAAUAUCAAAUGUGAGAUGGAUUAUGAAAGAAACUGACCAACCAAAUCAGUAUUUAUCAAGUCAUUUGCCUUUGCUGGGGAGUUAUAACAUGAGGUCAUACAAACUAGAAUGUUCCGACCGAUGGUCAACUGACCUCUAUUGCAUUAUAUCAGUCCCACAUAGCGGGCAGUUAUAAUGUGUUGAAUGUACGCUUUUAUAGUGAGAGUGAAUAAAUUAAACCUAUUUUAUUUCAUGACGAGUUGUAAGAUGUGAAUGAUAGACUGUUAAUCAGUGGAAAGCAGAGAGACACUACAUGGUCUUUUCUAUUCACUCUAUAAUGGUUCAAAUAAUAUCUGCAUAUUGAUGGUAUGAGAAGGUCAUCUUUGCUUUCUUUGUGGGUUUGAAGUUCUUGAAAUAUGUUUUGAAAGACUGUGCUGUACUUGCUGUUCUUAGAGACAAAACAAUGCGUCUGUGCGCAUUUACAAUGUGUUUGGCAAUUGGCUAGUAGGGCACCUGCCACAACAGUAUGUGAUUGACAUGACAAUGGACUCCCUACAGUGCUAAGCAUGAGGUCUGCUGAGGUUAACCCUUUACACUCGUGUCAAUUGGCCUAUAUGGAUAUGGCUAAAUUGAAAUGUUUCUUACAGAAUAAAUAUGAAAAGCAUAUGCAUAGCCAUAAUAGGAAUUGAAAGGGAACAGUUUUAACAUUAUGGGAAAAUUAUUAGACCAAAGGUGAGGACAUAACAGUUUACCUGACACAAUACUGAAUCCAAACAUACCACUGUUGAUUUUGUGAAUUUUUCAUUUACUGUUAUUUUUGCUGCAUUUGUUGAUAAUGAAAUCUGAAAAUACUCUGGAUAAAUUCAGUAACAUGAUAAGAAUAUUCCUGAAUAAAUGUGGGGUAGGUACAACAUAAGACAAACAAAUGACAAGGGUUUGAGUGAGAGGACUCACUGGUGUCUGUGGCCACACACCUCCAACGUGUGCACAGUUCCUAAGUAAUUUCAAUGCACUUUUUUAGCUCUUCUAGCUGUGCAGUUGAGGAACUAGAGCAAGCACAGUUUUAGUUUUAUUUGAAACACAACCGUGCAUCCCCGCCCUCACACAAUUACAGUUUACACAAACCAAAAAUGGUCCCAUUAUAAAUCUCAAUCUGGCUCAGGUGGGCAUCAUUUGAAAGCCUGUUCUAUUGCCAGCAUGACUAGCUAAUUUAUAAAAUAUGAUAUUACAGUGUUAGGCUUUCACAAUGCAAUUCAGAGAGACCGAUCAUAAUUUUGGUGCACAUAGAAAGGAGUCAUGAGUGCAUUCAUGUGUGUGUGCCGUGGCAAAUGUUCUUCACAAUAGGCAGACGGUCUCAUUCUGUUCAGAAUAACCAAGGGUAUGAAACAUGUAAUCUUGUAACUGUACAUCAAACAUAGUGAUCAUAAACGUUGACACUAUAUGACAUGAGUUUUAUGAUAUGGAAUGUGAAGUGCACAUGUUUGGCUUGCUUGUAUGACAUCAGUGGUAUUUAAUAUAAUCCUCAAUGUGUCAUCUUUCAAAAUACAUAGUGUUCUUAAAUUACAGCAUUUCCCUAAAACAGCAAAAAAAUUGCAAAUGUUGGCCAAUUAGUGGGAGGGGUGGGGGCAACUUCUUGUCGCGCGAAGUGCUCAAGUUAAGAACAGCUGUCAGUCAAAACCCAUACAGCGCUGCGAAGCGCAGAGCCAGAGCUCUGACGUCAUGUAUAGCAUGUUUAAGUGAUAAUGCCCUCAAAAGCCGGUGUUAAGAGGAUAUAUUGGCACGGGUGCUGUUAGCCCCGAGACAAAGUCGAGUGCCGGCAAAAUGUGCCAAUAUAACCUCCAAACACAUUCUCACUUUUAUACAACGGGUUACCAACAAAUUCAAUUAAUGAUUGACAUAUUUUGAUUAAUUUAUUCAUACUAUUUCAUCCUUCCACAAGAUAUAGUCCCGACACAAAUCUAGGGUUGCUACCCAAGCCGGCUGGUCGUUCGUUCCAUCAGUUUGGUUGCCAGAGACACGACCCAGGAGUUAGCCAACAACACAGCUAACACAAUCACUUCAAACUGAAGCUGUAAAGAUGGCAAACUAGCUGCACUUCAUUUCGUUUUACCUGUUUUCUAUUGACAGUUAUUUUUAUAUAUCCAUAAAAAUGAUGCUGAUUCGUGAUUUCGACUAGCUGAGAAAAGCUGCCUGCCUGUCUCUCAUCCUGACUCCCGACACGUUCAACAUUACUAUGGGACAGCUGGAGAUAGAAUUUGAAUAUUGAAACAAUGUUGCAAAUGUCGGAGAGACAGACAGCAAGGUUUAUACAAAUCUCCGCUGAUGAAAACUAAAUGUUAGUAUAAAAGAAAUGGGAGAUAAUGUCUGGAUGCUUUUUAUAGUGGAGAUCAAGUUUAUAAAUUGCCUGGCUGGGCUGAUGAGACAGUGGAUUGUGCAAUCAGGUAGAACAGAGUAAAUAGGUAUUUUAACGUCAUAGAUUUAGCCGGUGGUAACUUGUGGAAUAGACACUGGCUGGAAUGCGGUUUAAACCAAUCAGGAUUAGACCCACCCGUUGUAUAACCACUGCAUUUUCCCAUUUAGGUGUUUAUCAGUGCCUAAAUCUGCCAUUUUCAACCUGUCUACGGUUACGAGUGUAAAGGGCUACGCAGUCAGGUCUGCUUCGCAAAGAAUAGUUUUCCCCCUCCAUUACAUUAUAUUGGAAAAGCCCUUUCAUACAUGCUUACAUUAUUACAACGUAGUAGUAGUAGUAGUAGUAGUAGUAGUAGUAGUAGUAGUAGUAGUAGUAGUAGUAGUAGUAGUAGUAGUAGUAGUAGUAGUAGGUAGUCACAACUUAAAAAUGUAAGUCUAUAACAACUUCAUUUAAUCGUCUAAGCUGGUCAAAUUCUCAAUAUUUUCAGUAUCAUCUACCUUCUAAUUUUAUAGUUUGAAAGUGUCUUGCCUUAUUUUGAUCUGGCCUAUGGUUAGAAAUGCUGGAAGGGGGACAAUCACCACAAUCGAUGUUCCAGUACCUCGACUAGGAGCUUGGAAAUCUGACAAAUUGACAGAUUGCAUUUAGAUAUUUCUCAGUUUUUCUUAAUUAGUUUACAAAAAGUCCCCUUUCCCCUCAACUAAAUGUAUGUGAAUUUAGUGAACUGCAAGUUUUGUUGGGGUGAGGGUGCAGGCUGUUUAGUUGUGGUUUUCUGAUUUUAUUUCUUGAUGAAACCGAUUUGGGUGUUUGAAGAUGUAUGGAGAGCUUGAACAAAAACCAACUGUAUUAAAUGUAGAUAUGUUAAUAAUACACUUGACCUUGGUUUGUUG